AUUCGCCUUAUUCGCCAGAUUUGGUAACGUGUGACUUCUGGCUCUUCAGGAAUUUGAAAAAAAAUCUGUGAGGUCGAAAAUUUUCGUCCGAAGAGGAAAUCGAUCAAGCAAUUAAUCAGUUUGUUGAAGGCAAUCCAAAAAGUGACUGGCUAGAAGCAUUUCAUUUGUGGAAGGUCACGGCAAAACACACAGGGAUGCAGCUAGCGUCCAAGCCACGCACCCAAUUCCAGCCUCCUGUGGCCUGUACUAUUUCGAGGUGAAAAUAGUUAGCAAGGGCAGAGAUGGGUAUAUGGGUAUUGGUUUGUCGGCCCAUGGUGUUAAUAUGAACAGAUUGCCCGGCUGGGAGAAACAAUCAUAUGGAUAUCACGGCGACGAUGGCCACUCGUUCUGUUCCUCGGGCACUGGCCAACCAUAUGGCCCCACGUUCACAACCGGGGAUGUCAUUGGUUGCGGUGUCAACCUGAUCGAUAAUACAUGUUUUUAUACCAAGAAUGGACACCAUCUUGGUACAGCCUUCACAGAUCUACCUCCAAACCUCUAUCCGACGGUGGGUCUCCAAACUCCCGGCGAAGUGGUCGAUGCAAACUUUGGUCAGGAACCGUUUGUGUUUGACAUCGAGGACAUGAUGAGGGAGCUGCGAUCUCGAACUAGGGUCGAAAUUAACGACUACCCCGUACCUGGAAGCCGAGGCGAAUGGCAGGCCAUAUUGAAUAAAAUGGUAUCCACGUAUUUAAUUCAUCACGGGUAUUGCAAUACUGCUGAGGCUUUUGCCCAGAUCACAGAACAACCUUUUAACGAGGAUAUGACAUCAAUUAAAAAUCGACAAAAAAUUCUAAAGUUAGUGUUAGCAGGUAGAAUGGGAGAAGCAAUAGAAAAGACCGGUAAAUUAUACCCUGGUCUUUUAGAGAACAAUCAGAAUUUGUUGUUUAUGCUCAAGUGCCGUCAGUUCGUAGAAAUGGUGAAUGGCACUGACAUAGAUGUAUGCCAUAGAAAAAGUAUAGGUGGCUAUUCACCAAACUACAACACAUCACCAAGACCAAACAGUCCGAUCCAGACGUCCGUCAUACAGUCCACCAAAAACUUUAGCAAUAAAAACAAACAUAUGAUGGUGGAAGAAAUGAAUCAGGAAAACACAGCUAGAAAUGGCUGUGAAAUGAGGAAUGACAAUUCUAUAAUCAACGCAGAAGAUAGUGAUGUAGAAAUGGAUACAUCAGAUGAGGUACCAAACGGACAUGGUGACAACUCUUGCGUGAACGGCAAGUCAGCACCGAACAAUGGAUAUCAAAACGGUAACAGUUAUGGAAAUGGAAAUACAACAGGUGACCCACCGGAAUAUACCAUAAGCUGUGAUAAUGACGAAGAAGAUAUGGAUGUUGACAUUCCAUGUCGAAAACCUUGUUCAAAACCAGCAGUUGAAAGAAUAUUGGAAUUUGGAAGAGAAUUGUACAGCAUGAGCCAAAGGUUAAAUGUUGAUAAACAAUCUAGUGAAACAAACGAAAAAAUGCUCGAGGAUGCAUUUAGUUUAUUAGCCUACUCGAAUCCUUGGGCUAGCCCCGUAGGAUGGCAGUUAGAACCUUCACAAAGAGAGUCAGUGUGUGCGUCUUUAAAUUCAGCUAUUUUAGAAUCAAAUAACAAGCCACGCAAGCCGCCCCUGGAAGUGGCUAUGGCGCAUAGCCACGAACUGAUCAGGCUAAUGUCCUCGGCUGGUCUGGGUUCAUGUGCGUUCGCAUCCCUGGUCGACAUCCUCGAACAGUGACGUCCCCUUUCGGGGGGCGAUUUUCUAUGGGGGGGCCGACAUCGUGCACACCCGCAGCCCCUUCUGUUGCCGUCGCCGCCACUGCACUGACUGCCAUACUCUACACGCGUACACACCAGAGGGCGCACGGAACCAUGCCUAGUGCGUAGUGUUUGUCCGCUGUAGAGGGCCUUCUUUGAUUCUAUAGGGUAGUGAUGCCGAAACACCUGCGUCUGAGAUGUAUGUAGACGUUUUGUUGUUUUUAUUUAAGGAAAGGGCGCUUUUAGGCGUACGGAAAUUAGCCAGCAGCUGAAAUUGUUGCGUACGAUUUUAAAUCAAGGUAAUAGAACAAUGUGAAUCUUCAAAUUUGAUCUGUUUCUCCUUUAAUAAGAGAGUGGAAAAGGUCACAGAAUUUGAGAAUGUCUUUUUGAACCGAAUGAAUAACUUGGGAAAAAAACAUACAAUAGUAAAUGGUUGCAUCAGUAUAGCCCAAGGAUAAUUGAUGUUUCUAGAAUAUACCGAUUUUGUAGUUUCAAAGGAUUGUUAACGACAUUUUAUAUUGUUUUUUUCCGAACGUCGUCUGCUUAUGACAGCUUUAAAAAAUACAUUGUGACACUCGACCCUCCAAUUAGCGGAGCUUUAAUUGAAUUGGAUAAACCUUCCACAUAUGUUUUAUUACCUUCAUGUUAAGUUGUUUGUGAUAUGUCAGCCUCCAACUAAUUUUUGUAUGUUAGCCCUGUUUCCUGGAUUACCGAUUGAUAUCCAGCAAUCUUUGUAUAUACUGGCCAUAAGCAUUAGCCACCAUAAAAAAAAUUGAUUAUUUUGUAUUUUUUAUUUUUUGUGGAUUAAAUAAUAUAUUUAAUAAAAAGCAUUAUUUAAUAAUCAGCGUUUCAAUGUGUUCAUGUAGUCCACUGGUGCUUGUUGGUAAGAUGUUCAAAUCUGGCUAGCCAAGUUUCAGCAACCUAGGGACCAGUUCAGGAAAAUCGCUUAGAAUCUUGGAACGAUACAUAGCUAGGGGAAAUCCAAACCUCUCACAUGAACGUUUUUCUAGGUGGGAUAUUUAAACUUUCAAACUUUCAUAUAUUCCACCAUUUUUAUCAAAACCUAACACUCUGUUUCCUUUGUCCAGAACCGCUUCAAUUUCCUUCUAUAAUUGCAAUUUACUAGUCUAUAGUCUCUCUUAGUCUAAUCAUAUUAGCAAAUUUCCCCGAAAUAAUUGUAAAGUCUGGUUAUAUUGGUACAAGUUGUUCAAGGGGGUAUUGAAAACAUGGACGCAUAAAAUGGGUACACGAAUUCUUGUGGGAAAACUUUUUAUUUGGCAACAAAGAAUGAGAAAACGUGUUUUUUGGGAUUCAAUCGAAAGUGUUGACAAGAACGAAAAAACUUUUCAUAUAGGAUUUUUAGGUAUUUAUGAGACCACACGUUAAAAGAUCUGACUAAUAGCAAA